AUGAUAUAAUAGAUUAAAGAAUAUUACAAAUUAAAAGAAUUUUUAAGCUCUUCACUUUUAUCUCACUAGGUUCUCCUUAUUGAUCUGAGUGGUAAUUAAAUUUGUGACGAAGGUGCAUCAGGCUUAGGUUCUGCUUUAGCAAAUUGCAUUAAUCUCUCAAAUUUGACUCUUGACCUUAGUGAAAAUUUAAUUGGUGAUGAAGGUGCAUCAGGCUUAGGUUCUGCUUUAACAAAUUGCAUUAAUCUCUCAAAUUUGACACUUGACCUUAGUUACAAUUAAAUUGGUGAUGAAGGUGCAUCAGGCUUAGGUUCUGGUUUAGCAAAAUGCAUUAAUCUCUCAAAUUUGACACUUUAACUUAGUGGCAAUGAAAUUGGUGAUGAAGGUGCAUCAGGCUUAGGUUCUGCUUUUGCAAAAUGCAUUAAUCUCUCAAAUUUGACACUUUGGUUUAGUGGCAAUUAAAUUGGAGAUGAAGGUUCAUCAGGCUUAGGUUCUGGUUUAGCAAAAUGCAUUAAUCUCUCAAAUUUAACACUUGAACUUCGUGAAAAUUUAAUUGGUUAUGAAGGUGCAUCAGGCUUAGGUUAUGCUUUAACAAAUUGCAUUAAUCUCUCAAAUUUGACACUUUAACUUAGUUAAAAUUAAAUUGAUGCAAAUAGUGCAUCAGGUUUAGGUUCUGGUUUAGCAAAAUGCAUCAAUCUCUCAAAUUUGACACUUUAACUUAGUUACAAUUAAAUUGGUGCAAUGGGUACAUUAGGCUUAGGUUCUGGUUUAGUAAAAUGCAUAAAUCUCUCAAAUUUGACACUUAACCUUGGUGGCAAUAAAAUUGGUGAUGAAGGUGCAUCAGGCUUAGGUUCUGCUUUAGCAAAAUGCAUUAAUCUCUCAAAUUUAACACUUGAACUUCGUGAAAAUUUAAUUUGUUAUGAAGGUGCAUCAGGCUUAGGUUCUGCUUUAACAAAUUGCAUUAAUCUCUCAAAUUAGACACUUGACCUUAGUUACAAUUAAAUUGGUGAUGAAGGUGCAUCAGGCUUAGGUUCUGGUUUAGCAAAAUGCAUUAAUCUCUCAAAUUUGACACUUUAACUUAGAGGAAAUUAAAUUGGUGACGAAGGGGCAUCAGGCUUAGGUUCUUGUUUAGCAAAUUGUAUUAAUCUCUCAAAUUUGACACUUGGCCUAAGUUGCAAUCCAAUUGGUAAUGAAGGUGCAUCAGACUUAGGUUCUGGUAUAGCAAAAUGCAUUAAUCUCUCAAAUUUGACACUUAAUCUUGAUGACAAUUAAAUUGGUGAUGAAGGUGCAUCAGGCUUAGGUUCUGGUUUAGCAAAAUGCAUUAAUCUCUCAAAUUUGACACUUGAACUUAGAAUUCGUUCAUAUUUAUGA